AUGUCGAUGCUGGGUGUCAUCUCAAGAGAAGAGUCCACAUUUUUGAAAGAGAUAAAUCUUUUUUACUUUAACCUUUUAGAAAUUCAACUAUAAUGGGAUGACUUUUAAAAGUAUGUUAACUCUAAAAGUUAAAAUGGAAAAGCAUACUAUGAGUAAUUAGAGAAUGGUUUUAGCUUUUCUUCAGAUUAAAAUUAAUAUAUCUUCUUUAAAUCUAACGAGAAAAAGCCAAAUGACUACUCGGUUGAAAAGUAUCCAUAUCAUUUUUAUGAUGAUAGAAAGUAUGCAAUAUCAGCUCUCACAUAUGAUAAUAUCUUAUUUUAUAAAUAAUUUUUAAAAACUUUAGAGAAAUUAAAUCAAUAAAAGCUUGAAAAAUAAAUGGACUAAUAAAAAGUAUAAUCUAAUUAUUCUAAUGAUUAUGUUUAAAACUGUGAAACAAUCGCAUACCUUUGCAAGUAGAAUUUGUAAAGAGAUAUUUAUAUUUAAAACAUGAAUUAAAAUAAGUUUUAACAAGAUACUAUGUUCCCGCUAUCACCUUUAACUAAGGCCAACUAUAUUAUGUAAGCUAUGGGCUCGACUAGAGUAUUCAAAAACGUUAAUGAAAUUCAGAAUUGGUAGCGCUGGAAAGUUUACUGGUUCACCAAAAAUCACCCUGUAUAUUGUUACUCUACUUGUUCUGGUUCUUGUACAGCCUACUGCUAAGGUACUCCUUGUAUAUAUGUCUUACCAUAAAAUGAACUAGAAAGCCAAGGUCUUCCUGAUGCUGAAAAAGUUGAUCCUAGAAACAUUUUCAGCGAUGAUUUAUAUUUUCUAGCUUACCAGCUAAACAUUUAUACUAUUAAUAUUUUAUAGUGA